GUAGUUGUAAGAAAGGCAAGAGAGAGACGAAAGAAGCCGUGUACACAAAAUUUUAUCUCUAACGCCGAUCAGUCGCCACCGCUUAGAAGAAAAAGAAUUUAAAAAAAUUAGUCGUUGGUGGCUCGAUGAUGCACAAGUUGGAGAAGCUUAAUUCGUCUAUCGACAUAAUACCGUUGCAAAGCUCGACGAGUAUGGAUAAUAACGCAGCUGCAAGGCGAAAGACUGCAACAACAAUGGAUAAGCCACUUAGCAUGCAACAACCUCAACGCGUCGAAGAACCCAACGCGCGCAUUUUUCGUGAUCCCAUGAUCCUUUCCAGAGUUAAGACGUAUUUGUAUGAGAAUGAAGACAAAGUAUAUAUAGAUGUAACAGAAAUGGCAGAUUGUUUGCAAAGAAAGUACAGAGAUUAUAGAAAUAAAAAGCGUGGUCCAUUCCGAACUAUGGUACGCAAGGCAUAUGAUGAGAUCACAGAAAAUCUUACAAGACAAGCAGAUACACGUUGGCAAGAUGAUGACGAUGAAAUAGACAUAGAUUCUGAUCCCCAGAUGGAUACAAUGCCUUCCCAAUACUUGCCAACAUUCAAGUGCUCAGAAAGUGGCAGGCAAAAUGGAAAUUUCAGUGAUAAGGAACUGAUUGAUAUUAGUAGUGAUGAUGAUCAAGUCAAUACUACCACAGCAGCAUCAGUCCAUCAAGGACAUAAAGAUCAAGUGGAAGUUGAAUUGACUCAAGUUACCAAAAGACCACAUUUGGAACCUAACAUCCAACGCGUGGAAACUAUCAGGACAAUUAUUCAACCAGAAGUAAUCGAUUCUCAAUACAAAACGAAUCAAAGCAAAUCAAGAAAAAGGCCUCGAGACAAAGAUGAUAUCCCGGUGGAUCUGCCAGUUAGUAAGAAGAAACCCAAAGACCUGCCAGUUAUGAAACCUACUUUGAAAUUUGCUGAUAUUGGUGGUAAUAACAAUAUUUUGGAAACAGUGGCUAAUUUGUUACUACACUUAAAGCAUCCAGAGGUUUACACAAAACUUGGAAUCUCACCACCUAGGGGAUUCUUACUUCAUGGUCCACCUGGAUGUGGAAAAACUCUUCUUGCUCAUGCUAUAGCAGGAGAAUUGAGCUUACCUUUGCUAAAAAUAGCAGCUCCAGAGUUAGUUGCAGGAGUUUCAGGAGAAAGUGAGCAAAGGAUAAGAGAACUUUUUGAACAAGCAGUCGCUAUUGCACCUUGUAUUUUAUUCCUUGACGAAAUCGAUGCUAUAGCACCACACAGAGCUACUGCUCAAAGAGAAAUGGAAAGAAGAAUUGUCGCACAACUUCUUUCUUGUUUGGAUGAACUGAGUUCAAAGGAAAAUGGUAACAAAGUUCUGGUACUAGGGGCAACAAAUAGACCAGACUCUUUAGAUCCAGCUUUACGAAGAGCUGGUCGUUUCGAUCGCGAAGUUUCCCUGGGUAUCCCCGACAAAGAAGCGAGAGCGGCGAUUCUCAAAGUUCACACAGCCAAAGUUAUGUUAUCACCGACAGUAUGCUUAGAUAAGAUUGCUUCGUUAACUCCUGGCUUCGUUGGUGCUGACUUGGUGGCUCUUAUCAGAGAAGCUGCGGUUGCAGCUGUGAAUAGAACAUUCAACGAGUUGAAAAGUAAGAAUGAACCCGAAAUUAUCGAAGAUGUCGCGAUUGAGUUAUUGCCUGCAUCACCUCGUGUAUCCAAAGUUGAAGAAGUUGUGGAGAAGCCCGUUGAGUUAGAAGUUGCAGAUGUCGUUAUAGAAGAGGAGUCUGUUAAGACUGACGUUGCAGAGAUUGUAGAGGAUAAAUCCAGUGAUGAAAAAACUAUUACCAGUGAAGAAGAGAAAAAAGUUGAAGAAGAGAAACUCGAAGAAGAAAAGAAAACUGAAGAACAACCGGCUGAAGAAGCAUCAGCUCAACCUAUGGAAGAGUUAGUCGACGCUCCAUUAGAAACUUUAAAUUCAGAGACUGAAGAAAUUCCACAACUGGAAUUAGUAGCUAUUGAUCCUGUAACAGAAACCGCAGAUGUGCCAAUAGUUGAUUUUGAGAUUCCAGUCUCAACUACUCCCGCUGAAUCUACAGCAAUCCCAGAAGUCGACACAACAAUGAGUAUGCAAGUCGAAGAAGUAAAAAAAGUCGACGAAGAACCUAAAAUCAAAUCAGUUUUAAAAUUAGAAGAUCUUCUUGCAUGGCUACACAAUGAACCUCCAUUCAGUCCUGAACAAUUGGCAAUGCUUUGCGUUGAAGAACGAGAUUUUGAUGUUGCACUUACUAAUGUUCAACCAUCCGCCAAGAGAGAAGGUUUUGCUACUGUUCCCGAUGUCACAUGGGACGACGUAGGUUCACUUCAAGACAUUCGCCAAGAAUUGCAAAUGACUAUUUUGGCACCUAUCAGACAUUCAGAGCAUUUCGCUAGUCUUGGUUUGACUACGCCUACUGGUGUUUUACUUUGUGGUCCACCUGGUUGUGGAAAAACGCUUUUGGCUAAAGCCAUUGCUAAUGAGGCUGGAAUAAACUUUAUUUCUGUUAAAGGACCCGAGUUGUUAAAUAUGUACGUUGGCGAGAGCGAAAAAGCAGUGCGCCAGUGUUUUAUACGCGCAAGAAACUCAGCACCGUGUGUAAUAUUCUUUGAUGAGCUUGAUGCUUUGUGCCCAAAACGUUCCGAAGGCGACAGCACAGCAACAUCGCGCGUCGUCAAUCAAAUGCUUACUGAGAUGGAUGGUGUUGAGGGUAGAAAAGGCGUAUUUCUCAUGGCAGCAAGUAAUAGACCUGAUAUUAUUGAUCCAGCUGUACUCAGACCUGGCAGACUUGAUAAGAUUUUGUAUGUUGGCUUACCGACUGCUACCGAUCGUGCUGAUAUUUUAUCAGCUCUUACCAAGAAUGGAAGAAAACCAAGAUUAGGCAGCGACGUAAGUCUCGAGGCGAUUGCCAGCAGUGAGAGAUGCGAAGGCUAUACUGGCGCUGAUUUAGCUGCACUUGUCAGAGAAGCUGGAGUUGAAGCUUUACGAGAAAUAAUGAAUGGCAUGCACGGUUCAGCUGAAAUCUGUGCACGACAUUUGCGAGCUGCUUUUGAUAAAAUACGACCUUCAGUGCAAGACAAAGAUAUCAAACAUUAUGAAAAACUAAAAAAAUUGUAUUCAGUGAAGAAGUAUCAAAAUACAGAUUUGCCGAUGUCAGUGGAGCCGCUGGAACCGACGUUGGAGGCAAUGGAAACUUGAGUUUCAUAGGGUUCAUUUGAUUUUCCAAGUUUAUAAGAUGUAUAGCCAAGAAAAGGACACGAAUUUAUUAUAUUUUUCAUUCUACUUUAAUACUUUAAACUAGUUUAAAAUCUUAGCGAAUUAUCGUGAAUAUUUUUUUUUAUCGAUGCCAAUUUUUCAUGUUUAUUUGUAGAGAAAUUUGUUCGUAAUAUUUUUUGUCAUUAAGAUAUAGUCUCAAUAUGAUUUGUAUAAGUUUUUGAUUUUCUUUUUCUUUUCAUCUUGAAGUCACUAAGAAAUAUUAUUUAUGAUGAAUACACUUUCACAUUUACAAACGUACACCUAGAUUUAACAAAAAACACAGACUUUAAAAAUGAAUAAAGUAUACUUGUAAUA